AUGGCGCAAACUCUGGAAGAUAAAUCUAUAUGGGAGGAUGGUGAAGAAUCUCUGGGUGAAGAGGUGCUGCGUAUGGCAACGGACGAGAUUGUAAGCAGGACGCGGCUGAUGGAUAAUGAAAUCAAAAUAAUGAAAAGUGAAGUCAUGCGUAUUACACACGAAAUUCAAGCUCAAAACGAGAAAAUCAAAGAUAAUACAGAAAAGAUAAAGGUUAACAAGACGCUGCCGUAUCUGGUGUCCAACGUUAUAGAGCUUUUGGAUGUGGAUCCACAAGAAGAGGAGGAUGACGGCUCUGUUACUGUAUUGGAUAACCAACGCAAAGGAAAAUGCGCCGUUAUAAAGACUUCAACACGACAGGCAUAUUUCUUGCCAGUCAUUGGUCUCGUCGAUGCGGAGAAACUAAAACCCGGCGAUUUGGUGGGCGUUAACAAGGACUCGUAUUUGAUUUUGGAAACUUUGCCAGCUGAGUACGAUGCACGCGUCAAGGCAAUGGAGGUCGAUGAGCGCCCAACUGAGCAGUACUCCGAUAUUGGUGGUCUGGAUAAACAAAUACAGGAACUGAUUGAAGCCGUAGUGUUGCCCAUGACACAUAAGGAUAAGUUUAAAAAUUUGGGAAUCCAUCCACCAAAAGGUGUUCUAUUAUAUGGCCCGCCUGGCACUGGUAAGACGCUGCUGGCUCGUGCUUGCGCAGCACAGACUAAAUCCACCUUUCUUAAGCUGGCUGGCCCACAACUUGUGCAAAUGUUUAUUGGUGAUGGCGCCAAGUUAGUGCGCGAUGCUUUCGCGCUUGCCAAGGAAAAGGCACCUGCCAUAAUUUUCAUAGAUGAGUUGGAUGCCAUUGGCACAAAACGUUUCGAUUCAGAGAAGGCCGGUGAUCGUGAGGUGCAGCGCACCAUGUUGGAGCUUCUGAAUCAAUUGGACGGUUUCAGCUCUACUGCAGACAUCAAAGUAAUUGCCGCAACGAAUCGUGUGGACAUUCUUGACCCUGCACUGCUGCGUUCAGGUCGCUUGGAUCGUAAGAUCGAGUUCCCACAUCCUAAUGAGGAGGCACGCGCUCGUAUUAUGCAAAUACAUUCGCGAAAGAUGAAUGUGAGCAAUGAUGUUAACUUUGAGGAGCUCUCACGUUCCACAGAUGAUUUCAAUGGUGCCCAAUGCAAAGCAGUGUGCGUUGAGGCAGGUAUGAUUGCCUUGCGUCGUUCAGCCACAUCGGUGACACACGAAGAUUUCAUGGACGCUAUAAUGGAGGUGCAGUCCAAGAAGAAAGCUAAUCUUAACUACUAUGCUUAGGUUUAUAACACGCAAAUUAAUUAUGAUUAUAAUCAUGUCAAACGUCGAAGUAAUAAAUAUUAACAAAAAAUGGA